AUGGGGAAGCUGGAGUUGGAGGUGCGGGAGGCAAGCUACACAGAGGCUGGGUUGGGAGGAUCGCAUGUGUUCGCCUCUUCCGUUGCCAUGAGCUUGUGGCUGCUCAGUCACCGUCAUCUGCUGCAGGGCAAGCGCAUCCUUGAGCUCGGCGCCGGCUGCGGGCUGGUCGGCAUCGCAUGCUCACAAGUUGGGUGCAAGGAAGUUGUCCUGACCGACACUGCAAAUGCCAACGUGCUGGGCUCCUCAGCUGGAGGGGAGCUGAUCAAGAACCUCGAGGAGAACGUGAAACAAGCUGUACAGCAUGGGAGCCGAUGUCAAGUGCUGGAGUUUGACUGGAAUGACGAAAAGAAGCUUGCCGAGCUCGGAUACUUCGAUGUUGUGAUAGGAAGUGACCUCUUCUACCACCUCAGCUCCAUCAAACCUCUUUGCGGACUUGUGGCUAAGUGUGUAGAGCAAGGGAGCGUCUUCUACCAUCUGGCACCUCCUGAUCGCUCCUGCUAUCCUACCUUUAUCGAGAGCUUGCAGGCUGUCGGGGAUUUGAAGACUGAAGGUCCGAUCGUUGCUGUUGCUACUCGAGUCACUCCGUUGGUAGAGUUCGAGAUCGAGGAAGCGAUCUACGUGGGAGGAGAGGGCCAGGAGGGAGCUCGUGACGCCUUCUUCCUCCCAUGCUCGCAGCAGUUUGUGCGAAGCUUGGAGGGAUUGAAUUUCUCCCACUGGCGUUUAGAGAGGAAGCAAAAAUUGAGCCUGACAACUCUGAGAGGAAGAGCCGGUGAGAUGACGCGAAGGGACGUUUAG